UCCAGAUUCACCCUUGGUACCUCUAAUUACCAGGGGGUGGAGAGGAGAGGUCGAGUUCAGAAACAAAGGUCGUUGUUGAAGACAAAGAGAGAGAAGGGAGCAAACAGGAGGUUGAUAGAAAUGGAUCUGAGAGCAAAGGUAAGGACCAUGUUCAUUCUUUCAACCCCUCCCUGGAGUUGCUCCAACAACAGCAGUGGUUUGGUGCACUUCUUGCUCGGAUGACACAAUAGGGGGCUAGUGCUGCAACAGGAAUUGGUAAUCAGACAGAAGGGAAGAGGGACUUUGAGGUUGAUACUGACAAAGGAAAUCCCAUACACAACAGAGAUAGCAAUAAGAAAGGAGAGGUUGAUGCUGGAGCGGGAUAUAGACAGAAUCAUAGCAACUGGUGGUGCUGCCAGGUUUGUACAGAGAGAGGCCCAUGCUCAGAAUAAAAAUGGAGCCAACUUUAGGGUGAUGUGCAACAAAUGCAAGGAUUUCAGGCACCUGACUAGGGAAUGUAAGCUCCCAAAUUGCAUUAUUUGUGGAAAAAAUUCUCACAUUACUGAGGAUUGCAACUGGCUAAAGCAGAUAAAAUCACUUCCCAAGUUUGUUGGAUAUGUUGCUAGAGGUCUGGGAGUGCUGCUGAUACAGAAUUGUAAGGAUGUUGUGAACAGUGAACAAGUCAAUCCAAUGGCAAUCAUCACUAUUACUUCUGGUGAAAUUAAUGAAACUCAGUUCCUGGAAGGCUUCAAUUACAUGUUCAAGUGGGACUGGCAAUGGAGAUGCAAGAAACAUGGAGACAGGGCCUAUCUUAUGAGAUUUCCAAAUAAGAGCAGACUGAUUGAACUUCACAAAUUUGGAAAUUUCAAUCUCCUAGGGACAAAUGAUGUCAUCAAUGUAGAUAGUUGGACUUAUGACACACAAUCCAUAGGGAAACUUCACACUAUGUGGGUAAAGUUGGGGAAAGUGCCUGAAUGUUUCAGGCACUUCUUUGGUGCUUGUGAGGUGGCUGCUACAAUUGGUCCAGUACUAGAGAUUGACAUGACAACAAUCUUGAAGGAAAAAAUAAGAGUCAAGGUAGGGGUGAGAGACUUUGAAAGAAUACCCAAGCAUACUGAAGUGACUGACAAGGACCUCAUGAUCUACAGAGUGACUUUGGAGCUUGAAAGGGUGAUAGAGCAGGGUUGGUAUGAAGACAGAAGAAAAUAUGAAGGCACUAAGACAGACAAGGAUAUAGACUCAGAUGAUAUGAGAAAGAAAAUCAAAAUUGGUGGAGUAGAUGCAGAGGGGAGCAAGGAAACAUUUCACUGGGUAGUGUGGGUCUUAAACAGUUUGAGGAAAUGAAGAAGAAGAAUGAUGAAAUUCUAAAUAUUCAGAAUGAAUAUCUCACAAAAGUUGGAAUGAGGAAAAAAGUUGAAGCUGACCUUGGUAAAGUGCUACAAAAGAUGCAGGAAAUGGAAGAAAAUAAAUGCAGACGGGAAGCCUGGAGGGCGGUGGAGGAAAAAAGAAAAUUUCCUGGGAGGCAGAGAAAAACAAAAUGAUGGACAUGAUCAAGAAUCAACAAGAACUGAUAGACAGAUGCAUGGAAAAAAUUGAGCUAUGGGAUGAAAAAGAACUGACUGGAGAAGAUCUUGGAGAGAAAAAUGAUUAUGAAAAAAAUACCUCACGGGAUCCACUAAUUGAAGACAACUACACUGAAACUGUGGAUUACAAUGCCAGCCAGGAUUCUGCGGAGUCUCUGGGAUCCAAAUUGGGCAUUACUGCAAAAGUAGACAAGGACAAGGAUGGACCUACUCAGAAACUUAGACAAAAAAGAUGCUAGGAUUGAAGAUUUGGACAAGGAAAGAGUUGCUGACAAAGACAACUAUGAAAAAGGACCCAGGGAAAGAACGUUGACACUGGAGGCAAGGCUCAUCGAACAAGUGGCAAGUGAAAUAUACAAAGCUUCACAGGGCUGGUGCUCUUCAGAUCUUGUCAUUUGUUGCAUGUGUCUUCGGCUCGCCUCCUUUGGAUGAAUUGUAAUAAACUUUAGCGAUGUCCUGUGUAGUUGUUCUGGUCUUUAGUUUUCUUGUAGGGAGAGUUUGCUAGCUAGCUGGGAUUUCUCCUAUAUCUUGUUUCGUUUUAUUCUGUUUGGCUUGUAUCAGACUAGUAGACAUAACAGUUCGGCUUCGGCUUGUUUUUUCUAAUAGAAAUCAGAGGGGAAACCCUCUUUUGCU